GCAACGGAAUCAGAAAUCACUGAGGCUACUGCUACUACUGAGCCUGAGUCUGUCGUCGAAGUGACCACCGAACCUGCUUCUGAUUCACCCACCACUGAGCCGGAAAGCGUUGUUGUCGUUACCACUGAGUCGGUCUCUGACGUCACCACUGAUGCUGCAACGGAAUCAGAAAUCACUGAGGCUACUGCUACUACUGAGCCUGAGUCUGUCGUCGAAGUGACCACCGAACCUGCUUUUGAUUUACCCACCACUGAGGCUGAAAGCCUAGUUGCCCUAACCACUGUUAAGCCUAGUGUUACUACAGGCCCUUCGGCUAGUACAACAACAUAUGAAACGUCCACAAUUCAAACGUCAACUGCGAAAACAACAACCGCGAAAACAACAACUGCGAAAACAACAACUGCGAAAACAACAACUGUGAAAACAACAACUGCGAAAACAACAACUACUCCGAAAACAACAACUACGAAAACUACAACUCCGAAAACUACUACUCCCAAAACAACAACCACGAAAACCACAACUUCGAAAACAACAACUCCGGUUACAACAACUCCGAAAACAACAACUGUUAAAACAACAACUGCGAAAGCAACAACUACUGCGAAAACAACAACUCCGAAAACUACAACUCCGAAAACUACAACUCCCAAAACAACAACCACGAAAACAACUACUCCGAAAACUACAACACCGAAAACAACCACUCCGAAAACUACAACCCCGAAAACAACUACUCCGAAAACAACAACUCCGAAAACUACAACACCGAAAACACCAACGCCUCAAACGUCCAGUCCUUAUCCAGGUACGCAUGAAGGUAUUAUAGAUGCUAAUUGCGAUGAAUCUACCGGUGUUGUUGUUGAUGCUGGAUGCAGCGAAGAUGUCCUUGAAGAAAUUUCUGACGCACCUUGUGAUGAAUCAAUUGACUCCAUUGUGGAUCAUGGUUGUAGCGAAGAUGGUACAGAUUCUACUGAAGAAAUCGCAAACGCACCUUGUGAUGAAACUAUAGACAGCAGUGUAGAUACUUUCUGUAGCGAAGAUGUUACCGAUUCUACUGAAGGAAUCGCAAACGCGCCUUGUGAAGAGACUAUGGACAGCAGUGUAGAUACUUUCUGUAAUGAAGAUGUUACAGAUUCUACUGAUGAAAUCGCAAACGCACCUUGUGAUGAGACUGUGGACGGCAGUGUAGAUACUUUCUGUAAUGAGGAUGUUACCGAUUCUACUGAAGAAAUUGCAAACGCACCUUGUGAUGAGACUGUGGACAGUAAUGUUGAUACUUUCUGUAAUGAAGAUGUUACCGAUUCUUCUGAUGAAAUCGCAAACGCACCUUGUGAUGAGACUGUGGACAGCAGUGUAGAUACUUUCUGUAAUGAAGAUGUAACCGAUUCUACUGAUGAAAUCUCAAACGCCCCUUGUGAUGAGACUGUGGACAGUAGUGUAGAUACUUUCUGUAAUGAAGAUGUUACCGAUUCUUCUGAUGAAAUCGCAAACGCACCUUGUGAUGAGACUGUGGACAGCAGUGUAGAUACUUUCUGUAGUGAAGAUGUUACAGAUUCCUCGCCUAGUACUUCAACUCCUCUUACGGUUGAAGAUGUAUCUUGUAAAGAAACUGUUUCUAAUGAAGAAAUCGCAGACGCGCCUUGUGAUGAUACUGUCGACAGCGGUGAAGAUGCUCUUUGUAGUGAAGAUGUUAUAGAUGGUACAGACGCCGGUUGCAAUGAAGAUGCCACGGAAUCAUCACUUAGUACUUCAACUCCCGUUUCUGAAGAAGAAGGAUCAUUCGAAGAUAAUGAGACAACAACAUCUAAGGCUGUUUCUCUUGAAGAAAUCUCGAACGCGCCUUGUGAUGAGACUGUAGACAGCAGUGUAGAUACUUUCUGUAGUGAAGAUGUUACAGAUUCCUCACUUAGUACUUCAACACCUAUUUCUGAUGAAGAGGUAUCUUUUGAAGAUGGCGAUACAACAACGUCUGAGUCUGUUUCACUUGAGCACAUUACUAAUGCACCUUGUGAUGUAACUGUGGAUGGCAGUGUAGAAGCUUUCUGUAGUGAAGAUGUAACAGAUUCCUCACCUACCAAUUCUAGUCCAGGUUCCGAGGAAGAAGAUAUUGAGACAGUUACACUUGACGAAAUCACAAGUGCACCGUGUGAUGAAACUAUCAAUGUUGGUUUAGACACUACAUGCAAUGAAGAUAUUACUGAUUCUACAGUCAAUACUGUUGAUGCAACGACUGUUAAAACCGUUUCGGAUGAAGUGGUUACGUUAGAACCUCAAUUGGAAACAUCUGAGUCGGCCUCACAUGAUGAAAUAGCUCACGCACCUUGUGAUGAAACAGCCGAUAGUGGCUUGGAAGCUUAUUGUAAUGAAGAUGUAACGGAAUCCACAGUUAGUACUGAGAGUUCAAUUUCUAUCGAAGAAAAUACUUUUGACACUGCUACUCUUGAGGCAACAAGUGAAACACCAAAAGUUGAAGAUGUUACGUCUGAAGCUCUUGAUUCUGAAAGUACUGAAACGGCCUCACUUGAAGAAAUAACCAAUGCACCAUGUGAUGAAACGGCCGAUGCUGAAACAAUUGACUCAUUCUGUGAGGAAGAUGACAUAACGACCUUGCAAACAUCGACGACUAAUACGACCACAGAAAAGUCUAUACUUAUUGGUAAACUUCGCGGUAAUACGGACUAA